UAACAGCUGUUACUAGUUUUGGAUUUAAAGCAUUGCAUGGAUUCCGCACCAUGGCAGCUCAGCUUAACCCCUUUCGCAGUGCCUUCCGGCUGCCGGCGAAACAGCGGAUUAAUUGGUUCCCCGGCCAUAUGACCAAAGGCAUGCGUCAAAUCCAACAAAAACUGCGAACUGUUGACUGCAUUGUUGAAAUCCAUGAUGCACGCAUCCCACUGGCGGGCAGGAACUCGCAGUUUUUUGACACAAUCACAGGAAGUGGCGUUAAACCUCACAUUCUGGUCCUCAAUAAAGUCGAUCUCCUGGGACCGAAGCUGCAAAAAAAUGUGAUUCAACAGCUGAGAAGGCAGCAGCCCGAGCUUCGCCACAUUCUGUUCACCAACUGUAAGGAUCAGAGAAACCAUGGCGUGCUGGACAUCUUGCCCUUGGCCACUCGCCUCGUGGGCGAGAGUAGUCGCUUUAAUCGCACUCAGGCAGUGGAGCACAACCUCAUGAUCAUCGGAGUGCCCAAUGUUGGCAAGAGUUCCGUGAUUAAUGUCCUGAGGAAUGUGCAUCUCAAAAGAAAAAGCGCCGCCCGCGUGGGAGCAGAGGCGGGAAUCACAAGAGCCGUGGGAGAACGUAUCAAAAUCCAGGAGAACCCACCUGUCUACAUGAUCGACACACCCGGAAUCCUACAGCCCUCUGUUCAAGAUGAUGAAAUGGGCAUGAAGUUGGCUUUAGUCGGCUGCCUUCCAGAUCAUAUCGUGGGUGAGGACCUGAUAGCCGACUACCUGCUCUACUGGCUGAACAGUCACCGCCGUUACGAUUAUGUGGAGAAGUUGAAAUUGAGUUCCGGACCCAGUGACAAUAUCAGCGCCGUACUGGCGGAGUACGCCCAUCGGGAAGAGCUCUUCCACAAGGUUAAACAGUACGACGGAAGAGUCGAGGUGAUGACAAAUUUAUUGGCGGCCGCGCGAAAGUUUAUUCACUUUUUUCGGAGCGGACAACUGGGCCGUAUCAAUCUGGACGAGCCUAUCGGAUUCAGAUAGCUUUACAUAUAGGUUAGCUUAGGGACUAAGAUUAAACAUUGAGUGAAUGAA